AUGCGCAACCUCGAACUCCUGAUCUUCGUAGCCAUUCUGGCGAGUUUCAGCAUCGGAUUACCGCUCGGCAGCCCUUCGUUGGAGGAACGUAUUAGAGCUGAUAAGUUGGAAAUAGUUCAAGCACUUACAGAAGUCAUUGCAGGCUUGCACACAAAUCCUGUAACCAUUCCAGCUGAGUCUAGGUUUUCGGUACCUGACUGGUCCAACUCGCUGGAUCCCCAGUAUUUCCCGCCGCAACAUUAUAGCUGGGACCCCACCUCUUCAGCUGGCCAGCAUGAGUCAAACCUGGUUUUCCAUCCGACUGAGCUGGCGCCACCUCAAGCUGUGCCUCAUUGGGCUCAUCCAACAACAGCUCAAGCUGCAGCUCAUGUGGAUCAGCUGCCUUCAGCUCAAGCUUCAACCUCUCAUGUUGAGCCGUCGUCAAGAACAUCCAUUUUAAUAGCCAAUCGUUUGACAAGGAUUCAAAAGGAGAUCAAGAUACCCAGACCUCUGACUCAGACCGAAAGGGAAGGGAUACUCAUGAACGUCGCGAGUAAUAUCGAAACGCAGGUGAUUCCGAACUUGAUUUAUCCCUUCAGUGGUAAUAGUAUAGGUCAGGGAUUGUUGAACGAGUUCACCUCAAGUAGGUAUCUGAGAAUGAUUCAGCCUGACUCCUUCGUCGUCCAACGGGGCAGGGACAAAAAUCUUAACCCGGAGCAGAUUACAGCUGGAAUGGAAGGUGUAAGAGCGAGCCAGUACCAGAUGUAUGUCUGGAACCUUGUACCGGUUCCCGGAGAGGCUUCCCUGAACAUUUUUCAGCUUAUUGGCAUGAUAGAGGCAGGAGUGGUGAGCCGUAAUGCUGUUAUAAGUAUGCCUAAGUACUUGACCGGUAGUGGUGGCGCUCAAGCGCUUGGAUCGGAUUCCAUUCUCGUUUUUAACGAAUUGAUUUCCAAGGGCAGCCCAGUUGAAGAGCGUCGUCGAGAUCAAUCGGAGGUGCGUCAAAGUCAGUGA